GGAAAAUUCAUCCAAAAAGCUCUUCACAUCGUCCUAAGGGAGCUUUUCUCAGUCGUGUGUGUGAAUUUAGUUUUGCAGCAGCACCUUUUCCUUUUUCCAAAUAUUUAAUUUCUAAAUCAUCAAGAAUAUUACGAAGAACUAAAGUUUUGGGGGUUCUUGUGACUAGUUAAAGCAAAUAAAUUGGACUUUGGUGAAUAAAUUGGAGAAAAUAGCAAAAAUUAAAGCACGCACAGUUUCUUUUUUUGGACCAUUUUGACCCACUUUUAUGUGAUUAUCGCGAAAUUGGAUGCUUCUCUUUGAAAAAUUAUUGGAAAAGAAAUUGAGUGGUAAAAUUGGAUUUUUUCAGAAUUUCCUUACUGAGUUGUAUUGAAAGCCACAAGAACCCAAUAAAUUGAAACUCAAUUUGCAUCGUAUACGAGAAAAAUGUCUUCUUCACGUAAAAUCAAUAGUGAGAAGUGAAAAUUUUCUUAUAUUUCAAUUGAAUUUUCUUUUUGGUGGUGUUUCAUCAUUUUUAGCCACUUCCGGGGCAUCAUUAUUGAUUUUUUUGAAAGUGUUUAAAAUUUGUUAAGCAUAAUUUUAUCAUCUAAUUGUUGCUAGAAAAAAAUUAAGUUAAAUUAAAGGGAAAAAAAGGAAGUAAAACAGAAUUCUUGCACACAUUGCUUUCGGUGGUGCUUAGGUUGGUGAAAAAUACGUGAAAGUGAGACGUGAAAAUUGAGCAAAAAUGUUAAUAGUUUGAGUAGAACAUCUAGAGCACAUCUCUGUGUUACAUAAGCUCCAGCUUCAUAUCUCACGGAGGGUGAAAAGGUAUUUCGCAAAUUUAUGGCGAGCACCCCUCCAUGUGAAAAAAUGUGAUAAUUGUGUUUUAACGUAAAAAAAAUCACGAAAGUCUUCCAUUUUCGACUACUUCGCGACAACAACCUCCUCGUGGAUAGAAAGAAUUUUUAGGCCAAACCCUGUAGGUAUUUGCUUGCGCUUGAGAAAAUCGUGAGAGCAAAGGCUUUUUUGUCUGGCAUUGAAAACGGCAACUAGGCAAAAAAAAAUCAAUAGAGAUGUCGUUCCUUAAUCAAUUGCGCUCCGUACCACUUCCGCCAUUGAAAAAUGUCCUUAAUGUGGCAAUGCAAACGGCACGCCAGCAAGUCCCGGAUCCCACAAAGAGAGCUGAUUACCAUGAACCAGGACAAAUGGGACCCCAUGGGGGUGCUCCACCACCAAUUCCAGCAAGACCGCAAAGUGUUCGCUUUGCCGACAGCGAAGGAGGUGGAGAAACUCAUGAAUUGAAUCCAUUUGGUAAUCCACGUGAUUUCGUCCAGAAUGGGGGUGGUGGUGAAGGCGGCGGUGGUGGUGGCUACAACCCAUUUACACAGACAGCUGAUACAUCAUUCACCGGAGACUACGAGGGUGGUUAUCAGCAAGAUGGUGGCUUUGGGCGACAAGGAAGUGUGGGUGGAUCAUCGGAGAGUUCCUUCGCAUGCGAAGGUGAAGGAAGAUCUGAUGUGAAGAUUAAUGAAUUCCAGGCUGCCUGGAAUGUUACAAAUGCAAUUCAGGGCAUGUUUAUUGUCUCACUACCCUUUGCCGUCCUCCGUGGUGGCUAUUGGGCUAUUAUAGCAAUGAUAGGUAUUGCACACAUUUGCUGCUACACUGGAAAGAUCCUCGUGCAAUGCCUGUAUGAACCGGAUCCGCAGACAGGUGAACCUGUACGUGUGCGCGAUAGCUAUGUUGGGAUCGCUAAGGUUUGCUUUGGACCAAAAUAUGGUGCAAGGGCUGUAAAUGUGGCGCAAAUAAUUGAAUUGCUAAUGACAUGCAUUUUGUACGUUGUUGUCUGUGGUGACCUAAUGGCCGGGUCAUUUCCCGAGGGUGCUCUUGAUUCUCGCUCAUGGAUGAUGCUCGUGGGGAUUUUCUUGUUGCCACUUGGCUUCCUCAGAUCCCUCCAUAUGGUAUCAGUACUUAGUUUUUGGUGCACAAUGUCCCAUCUUGUGAUCAAUGCCGUCAUCUUAGGCUAUUGCCUCCUCGAAAUAUCCGAAUGGGGUUGGAGCAAGGUCAAAUGGAGUAUUGACAUGGAGAAUUUUCCUAUUUCCCUUGGGGUCAUUGUCUUCUCAUAUACAUCGCAGAUUUUUUUGCCCACCCUUGAGGGCAAUAUGAUUGAUAGGUCAAAAUUCAAUUGGAUGCUCGAUUGGUCACAUAUUGCAGCAGCAGCCUUCAAAUCCAUCUUUGGCUAUAUUUGUUUUCUCACAUUUCAGAAUGAUACUCAACAGGUAAUCACGAAUAAUCUCCAUUCAGCUGGAUUCAAGGGAAUGGUGAAUUUCUUUCUUGUCCUCAAGGCGAUCCUUAGCUACCCAUUGCCAUACUAUGCUGCAUGUGAACUACUCGAGCGGAACUUUUUCCGGGGAAAGCCCAAGACACCCUUUCCCACCAUUUGGGCCCUCGAUGGUGAACUCAAAGUUUGGGGAUUGGCAUUCCGCGUUGGUGUAGUCAUGAUUACCAUCCUUAUGGCAAUUUUCAUUCCACAUUUCCAAAUUCUCAUGGGUUUCAUUGGCAGCUUCACCGGGACCAUGUUGAGCUUCAUUUGGCCAUGCUACUUCCACCUUAAACUCAAGGGUCACCUGAUGGACCAACGUGACAUCGCAUACGAUUACUUUAUCAUCUUCCUUGGUUGCCUCUUUACUGUUAUUGGCAUUUAUGAUUCCGGAAAUGCCCUCAUUGAAGCAUUCGAAAUUGGUCUACCCUUCUAAAAAAAAAUCCUCCACUGGGCGAGAAUCUACCUAAUCUCACCGAAACCAUAUCAAUUUCGUAAAAUACAUAAAUAUUAUAAAUAUAGUACAUGUAUUUACAACAUCCUUAUCCAUGUCUUCCAACUAUAAAAUUAUACAUAUUGUUGAUUUAUUUUUAAUUAAAAAACAAAUUGAAAUUGUUGCUUUAGAUUUUAUUUUAUUGUGUGCUUAACUAUAUAAAACAAAAAUUUAAAAGGUUGUACCAAGAUAAAAGCACAAAGGGGUCUUUACAAAUUAAUACAAUCCAUUUAAAAAAGAAUGAUACUUCUUCAUUUAAUUUCCUCUAAAAUCUAAGGAAAUAAUACUUAAAAUGAGACAAUAAGAAAUGUGCAUCUAACUUGGUGCACCCUGUAAAAGUAUAAUAAAGAGGAGAAAGGAGCUUUUUCUUAUAUAUAUUUAGUAAAUGUAGAAUGAUAUUAAAAGAGAAUAAUAAAUUAAUCAAUGAUGACAAUAAAAGUUACUACAUAUAGUAAGAAAAUAAUAAAUUACAAAAAAAAAUUAAACUGCAAAGUAAUCAAAGUCUUCCAAAACCGUGCAAAAAUGUUCAAUUAUAUAAAAAAGAAUCAAGAAUAAAAUGAGUUAAACGAAAUGAAAAUUAUAUGUAACUAUUGUUAUAAAAAAAAACAGAUUAAAAUUAAAUAAUUGUAUAAAUAAUGAUGCUGAUUGAAUUAUUAUAAAAAAAGGUUUUCUUCAUGUAUUAAAGAUAAAUUGUUAAUGAAAGAAAUGGAUAAAAAGUAGUUAGUAAAUAUUGUUUAUAAACAAUAGUAAAUAUUUCAUCAUAAUAUUGACUUUUUAUGAGUUUCAAAAAAUGCGCAAAUGAGAUAAACGAUGGGCAGUAAAAUGUAAAAUUUAUUAAAUCAAAUAGUUAAAAUCGUUCACUUGUUGUUAUAUUUGACAUCCAAUAUAAUAAAGAAAUCUACGUUCUAAGCUUGAGUUUUGUAUUUAUUUAAGUGAAAUUAUUAAUAUAACUUUUCGUGAUAUUUGAGAAAAAGUAAAAUUGAGAUUGAGGCAAAAGUAAAGUCUUCCAAAUGUAGAAAUUAAAAAUUGAUUCACAUGAAAUGUAACAGAAACAAACAAAAAAUUACAUAAUAAAUGUAAAAAAUGGUAAUUUUUAAAUUGUAUUUCAUACGCUCUAAUGCAAUGUGAAAUACUAUUUUGAAAGGACAAUACUACAAGUAAUAUUAAACAUAUAUAAAUGAAUGUCUAAAAGGAUAUAAAUAAAAUUAUAGAAGUGCCAAAAAUU